AUGCCAGUCCAGUCAGAGCAGCAGAAGCUGCUCGAAGACCGUCUGUUUCGCCAUUUCAAAGGCUGGACUUGGUCAGAACGCGCACGUGAUACUAGCUCCUGGGUUUGGGACUUUGGCUACGAUAUUCAACGGCAUGGCACACGGAAAUGGAUCUGCAAGCGCUGCAUCCAACUAAAUCGGCCUAGUAUCGCAAGUUUUGCGUCGUCAGGCCUUCAGAACGCCGCAAAUCAUCUGUGGCGUGAGCACAAAAUACCAGCGCCAGCACGGGAGAAGAGGAGCACAGCACAGCUGAAGUCAGAUGGCGCACUAGAACCGAAGCAGCCGACUAUUGCCUCUGCUUUGAAACUGAACGUUGAUAAGCCUAGGGAACAGACUAUCGCGAAUUGUUUCAUCUCACGGUUUGAUAAACAGCACUUCCAGAGGAUGCUAGUGGAAUUAAUCGUGAGUAGCAACCAAUCCUUCUCCUUCGUCGAGAACCCCGUCCUCCGAGAAAUCUUCGACUAUUUGAAUCCGUCAGUUUCGAUUCAGUGUGCCAACCUGAGCGGCAGUGCCAUUCGAUACAAGAUUAUUCAAGAAUAUAACCGCCACAAGCAGAGGGUUGUAGAAGUGCUGAGGAACUCCUCCGGACUACUCCAUAUAUCAUUUGAUGGCUGGACGUCUCGAAAUAAGCUCGCCCUGUACGGGAUUGCCUGCUUUUUUAGAGAUGAGCAGGAUCGGCCAUGCAAAAUCAUAAUUGGGGUUCCAGAGGCUCAUCGCCACUUCGGCUCAACCAUUGGCGGAGAGGUUCUCGAUGUCCUAAAUGCUCUUGGUGUGCGUCGAGAGAAGAUUGGCUAUUUCACCCUGGACAACGCCGAAAACAAUGAUACGGCAAUGGAUGUUAUCGGUGCUGAGCUAGGAUUCAAUGGCCGGCUACGCCGAGGACGUUGUAUGGGCCACACAAUUAACCUGUCAGCCAAGGCGCUCUUGUUUGGCAAAAACUCCGACGCGUUCGAGCAGCAAUUAUCAGGUGCAGAAGCUUUAUCUGAUGAUGAAUACGCUCGAUGGCGUAAAAAAGGGCCUGUUGGCAAGUUACAUAAUAUAGUUGUCGAUGUGCGCCUUACCCAUCGGCUACUCUACUUAUUCAAAGAGGUCCAGAGAGAAGAAAUUGAUCGCGCCACUACCCUCAAACUUCGAUCGAAGAAAUCGCUCAAGUUAAUCGUCGACAACGACACGCGCUGGCUGUCGCAACUCUACAUGAUCCGUAGGGCCCUGCGGUUAAAAACAUCGAUCGAACUACUAUUGAUCAGGUACAAGGCCCAGUGGGAAGAUGAAAAUCGGUCUAAAAAGACUGGUGAAGUAACGCAAGCCAAGUUGGCAAAAAAGCCACGCAUCCUCCGUGACGAGAAUCAGCUCACGGACAAAGACUGGGAGGUCCUCUACCAUUUGGAGGCUAUACUGACGGUCUUCGAAACUGUUGUGAAGACGCUGGAGGGCGACGGGCACAUCCGUAAGCGCAAGCAGGGUUGGACCGGUUCCUACGGCAAUGUAUGGGACGUGGUGCUUGGGUACGAGCUGCUUCUUAACACUCUGGAAGAGUAUAAAGAGCUUGCUGCUGGUUUUCCCGAUGCAGAGUACUUGCGCAUUGGAAUCAACCUUGCUUGGGAUAAGAUGGAUGAGUAUUACCAACGGCUGGAUGAGACGCCGAUAUACUAUACAGCCAUGGCACUCCAUCCGGCUUAUCGCUGGGACUGGUUUGAUGAGACGUGGUCACAUAAACCUGGUUGGGUGAAAAAAGCAAAAGAGAUGGUUGCUGAUGUCUGGUUGUCCGACUACGCCCACCUUGAAGUUAGGACUACCAGCAGCAGGAGUGACGACGAGCCACCAGCAAAGCGGUCUCGGUUUUUCAACCCGUUCGAGAAGAACAGUCGUCUGCCAAGCUCAACACCAGCCCACGCAAGCACUAUAAUGGGUGACGAGUACCAGGCGUGGCAGAUGGAUCGUGAGGCAGGUGACAGCAAUGUUCGUGAUCCAAUCGGUUACUGGAUUACGAAGAAAGGCAGAUAUCCGAGGUUAUCCAGGAUGGCCCUGGACUUCCUGACGAUUCAGCCAAUGUCAGCGGAAUGUGAGAGGCUAUUUUCAGCAGCUGGCAAAAUGGUCUCGGCAUUGCGUACAGACCUGGAUGCUGAGAUUAUCGGAAUCUGUCAGGUUUUACGUUCUUGGUAUCGUGCAGGCCUCAUCAAGAACCUGGAUCCAUUGCUUCACUCGCAUGUUGAGACUCAACUGGAUGGAGUUUACGCGACUCUGAGCGACAAUGAACUGGCACUUGCCCAGUCCAAGUGGCUAUUGGACGGCGAGGACAGCGCCAGCGAGGAAGUCAUUGCCAUUAAGAAUCAUGGGUUAUUUGUUGUCGAACUCGAUGCCAACAACGGCCCGCUGAAUGCGCACUGGGUUUGCCGUCUUUGCGAUGACAAGGGCCAGGCAGUAUUCUUUGCUGCGAGUGCUACUACAUCCGCUGCUGAUCACCUUCGCAAGGUCUUCGAAGGCAGCCCUAAUGCUGGCAGCGACCCGUCGACUGGCGAGUCUGAUCGAUGUAAGCGGCCUCGUUUACACUACAGCAUUGUGCCGAAAGCCAAGGUCAACAUAGUACGGGAACUCAGCGUAGGUCUGAUCGUCAAUGCUGAUUUGCCCUUCUCUGUCUUCACGGAUCCGUUCUUUGAGCAGCUUGUCUGGCAGCUUGAUCCUCACGUCGCUGGUCAGGUGCCAUGGAGUCGACACUCGAUGAGCCGUCAUCUAAAUGAUGUUUACAAUUCCAGGAAGAGCAUAAUUAGACAAGAGCUCCGUGAUGCUCUCACGAAGAUCCACUUAGGAUUUGAUCUAUGGACAUCCCCUAACCGCUAUGCUAUUAUGGCUAUCACAGGCCACUUUCUCGAUCGCCAAGGGUGCCAUCAGACGCGUUUGCUUGCCCUGCGCCGUCAGCUGGGGUAUCACAGCGGCGGAAACUUGGCUGUGACUCUUCUUGAAGUUGUUAGGGAGUGGGAAAUAGAGGACCAGGUCGGAACCGUUGUCUCUGAUAACGCCACAACUAAUGAUACGUGCCUCCAACACUUUUACCAAAGUCUUGACCCAGACUUGAGGCCGACAGAUGUUCGUGCUAGGCGCAUGCGCUGCUACGGUCAUGUUUUGAACCUGGUCGCGCGAGCAUUCCUAUAUGGGGAGGAUUUUGAGGCAUUUGAGGCCGAGUCGCAGGUCCAUAACCUUCUUAGCCGCCAAGAAGAAGACUUACGUCAUUGGAGGAAGAAAGGACCUGUCGGCAAACUUCACAAUGUGGUGAAAUUUAUUAGGUCGUCCCCACAGCGAAGCGAGCUUUUCAAGCGUGUCGCGCAUGAAAAUGAUGAAAUGCAGGGCUUUCAGCUCGCUUUUGAGUCAACGGCAGAGCUUGAGGUGGUCAUGGAUAACAACACAAGAUGGAAUUCCACUUACCUUAUGAUCUCCCGAGCACUGGUCAAGCAGGGCGAUCUCAGGGCGUUUAUGGUCCACCCUGACGUAGAAGGUAAUUUACCACAGGAUGAUGUCUUAAAUGCCGAUGACUGGCGUUUACUAGGAGAGGUUAAGCAUAUCCUUGAACCACUUUAUCUGCAGACCAUGCGGACACAAGGAUGGGGCAGAGGGGAUGGCCAUGGACGUCUAUGGGAGGUAAUAACUUGCAUGGAAUAUCUCUUAGAACACCUGGAGGACUGGAAACUAUUCUAUAAUAACAUCACAGAGGACAUAGUCCAGCAGGAUGCAAGGAAAACGGUGGAAUAUCCUCAUGGGCGUCCAAACCGCGCUCGCCAACGUCCUGCUCGCCUAAGCGACUGCGAGGUUAAUCUGCCUUCGCAGCAGCCACAGGAGAGAUUGUUACCGGAACAUGCUUCUGACGAGUAUGCUAAGCCAGGUAAGCCAGCGAGUGUAUCUAAGGCGGAAGACAUUGGAGAUGAUCACCGCCACUAUCUUCGGCUGUGUAUUACAAAUGCAUGGCAAAAGCUGAAUGAAUAUUACGGUAAGCUGGGAGAAUCUCCGCUGUUCUCUGCAGCGAUCAUCCUACACCCAGGACUUGGUAUUAGGUAUCUUGAGAUAAAUUGGGCGACGGAAGAGCAGCUUGUGUGGGUGCGAGACGCCAAAACGGGGUUAUCUAGGUAUUUUGACCGUUGGUACCGUCGGUCCACACCACCAGGGGUGUGUCAGCAACCAACCCCGCGAGGCGCAACGGCGCUAUCAACAGUUGAAAAGCGGUAUGAAGAGAGUUUCGCGAAACACGCCGCCUACGACGCCAGCAAACACGGCAUGGUCGGUCUCACCAAAGCGGCGGCCCUCGAAAACGGCGAUCGUGAAAUCCGCGUCAACUCUGUCGCCCCCGGCGCCAUCUACACGCCGCUCAUGCAAAAGAAUUGGGAUUUUGUAGGUAGAGCCAAAGACGCGCCGUUCGAUGAUCCUUCUGCAUUUAAGAGACAAGGUACGGCGGACGAGACGGCAAAUGUUAUUGUGUUCCUGCUGGGCUCGGAGAGCACGUUCGUGAGUGGGAGUGUGUACCAGGUCGACGGGGCUUGGAUAUAA